AUGAACUCUACCAAUUCUCUCUCAGCAUCAUCCUCAGGACUGGGCAACAACAACAGCACUGCCUCUGGAGCACAAUUGAGUGUAACUUCUGGAAACACAGCUGGUGGUAUUGGUGGGAAUGGACUCAACAACAGUGGCACAGAACCAGUGUCGUCGUCGACUUCCGUGGCCAAGCAGCCCCUGAAUAUGGAGGCACUUGCCGCAAAGUUUGCCGACUCGAAGGAAGCAAAGGAAAAGUUCGCGGCUCUGCAACUCUCGCCUGCCCUUGUCCCCGCCGGAACCCCCGACAAGGAGCGCCGCAACCCCAUGAACAACGCCUUUGCCUUUGCCCCACCCUCGUCCACCAGUGGAAAUCCUCAUGUGGCUCACAUCAAGGUUCAACGGACUGCUAGUCUCACCCACUCUUCUCAAUCCAACCUGGUGCCCAAAGGCAAGUUUCUACAACGGCGGACAUUGUACUAUGAUACUGCUGCUGGCUACAACCGAGGAGGCUCUUCCCUGCACAAUUACGAAAUCGGACUUCGCGACCAGGGCACUUUCACUACGGUAGAGCAAUUUGCCAGAUACUUCAACUGGAUCAAGAAGCCGCACAAGAUCGAGAACAGUGCCAACUAUCACCUUUUUAAGGACGGGAUCAAGCCCAUGUGGGAAGAUCCUGCUAACGCUAGUGGCGGUCGAUGGACUGUGACGCUGUUGACAAAGAACCCUGAGCUAUUGGAUCGCUGUUGGAUGGAACUUGCUUAUGCAUUGGUUGGAGAGCAGUUGGACCUUGGCGACGAUAUUUGUGGCGCUGUUUUGUCACGUAGAACAAAGGCGGAUCGUUUAGCCGUCUGGGUUAGGGACAAGGACAAUGUGGAAGCUAUUAAUGGAAUUGGCAAACGCUUGAUCAAGUUCCUCGACCUCGCAGAGGAGAAGAUCUCCUUGGAGUUCCAGAUUACAGGGGACGCCAAGCCUUCUGGACUUUUGAAGAGCUAUGUUACACUGGAGACUAUCAAGAAAGAGCUAGCACGGGAAGCACAACCUUUGUCAACGCUCACCCCUACUGGGGACGAAACGAUACCAAGCCUAACGAUCGAUUCUGCGUCAGUUACACCAGCAUCUGCCACGGAGGUAUCACCCGCUACCCCUGGACCUAGCCAAGGAUCGUCCACCCAGGAGAAAGAGAGCGGAGAUGAAUCAUCAGAUGCCGUCGAAGCCUCCGGUCUGUUGAUCUCUGUUGACGGAAAGGGUGUGUUUGCGGCCUAA